UACACGUAAGACAAACGUUUGUUGAGAACGAAACUGUUUUUAAAUGGCGGCAUUUUUCUAUGGUCUCAUUUAGUGAAUUUCCUGACAUCGUUUCUAACAAACUCUCUGAUAAAGACCUGAUUUGCUCUCCUUCAGCAUAGAAUUGGUUCCAGAGACACCAUGUCACUGUUCACUUACACAGAAGCAGCAGAAAUCAGCCUUCGUGUGGCCUUCUCGUUUCUUGUGUUCAUCACUCUAGUUGGUAACUUGCUGGUCUGUCUUGUUGUUCUGCGAAACCGUUUAAUGAGAAGCGCCAUGAACUAUUUGCUGGUGAAUCUCGCCUGCGCCGAUAUGGUGGUAGCUAUUUUUGUGAUCCCCCGGUAUAUCCUAAUUCACACGUACCAACACCCCACGGGGCACACCGGGGACUACCUCUGCAAGUUCGUAACUGGAGGGAACCUGUUAUGGACAGGGGGCGUGGUCUCAGUGGUAUCACUGAUUGCUGUUGCAGUUGAAAGAUACUUUGCGGUGUUGUACCCGCACGAUGAGAAAAGACGCAUUACAAAGGCCAAACUUAAAUUCAUCAUACCUGCCUGUUGGCUGUCUUCAAUCCUCUGGAAUCUUCCUGUAUUUGUGUUGGUGAAAUAUGACGAGGAAUUAGAUUUUUGCCUGGAGAACUGGCCUUUUGGCUGGUAUUUAAAUGCUUACAGCCUUGGAUGGCUCAUUGUUGUUGGCAUUUUACCGCUGACUAUUAUGACGCUUCUUUACAGCCGAGUGGUUUUUAAACUCUGGGUCACAACUUCGCAACCGGUAGAACAGUCACAGCGCGCCGUCAUCAAGUCACGCAAACGUGUCACGAAAAUGGUCCUGACCGUGACAGUUGUUUGCGCAGUAUGUUGGCUUCCCAAUCUCAUUGCCUACGUCCUUGAUUUCUAUGGGUUGAACUCUCAAGGUGACAUAGUUCACACGACAACCGUUGUCCUAGUAACUUUAAACUCUGCUGUUAAUCCAAUAAUCUACUGUUUUCAGAGCAGACAGUUUAGGAGAUGUGUCAAGUUACUUUUGCUUUCUCCAUGUUCGAUGCGGCGCACUGCAACUGUAGGACCCGCCUAGGAUUUCGAGCACACUGAAAGGAACCAUGAGGCUCCCGGAAACAGAAAAAUUCUCACACAGAACUGAAGAUAGGUUUCUCACCUGCAAAAUCUCAAAGGAAAAAUGAAAACUUACAUUAUCCAUGAGGUCAUGAACUAAGAGAAGUCGUCCCUAAAUGUCUUUCCAAGGACAUUGUUUUAGAUUCGAAAUUUAGCAUGUAGUCAUACUGUACAGCUAUUAUAAGAAUUUUAUCUCAUUGAUCAUGAAUGAUAAGUUGUAAUGUGAAAUCUGAUUGUGUGCUAAAACAAGUCCAUAGACCGUAAUUUACCGACUUGAUCUCGACUUAACGGUGUUGAGCCAGGAGAAAAGAUUGGAAUCAAUUUAAAAAAUGAUUUGAGUUCCACUAAGCUCAGCAAGAUGUUAAAAGGUAGAACUGUCGGAAAAGUUAUCUUUUGCAUUUAUUCAAAUCUCUCGUUUCAAACUGGUUUAAGAAAAAUGUCAACCAAGAAAAUUGGCAGCCCGUCAGCGUAGGGACUGAGGCGAGAGGUUAUAGUAUUCAGCGACGAAGUAAUAUAUUUUAAAUACCAAGUUCAUGAAAAGAUAUCAAGUAUUAAAUAUUUAUCAAUCUAUUUGUAAGGGAACUCCUUGCUAUGCAUUCCUAAGCUCCUUUGUAUUUCAUUAAAUCGAAACGCUUAUCCAUUUCAGAGAAUCAAUCCACAUCCGGGGUUUAAAACAAUUUAUUUGUAAUGAAUGCCAUGCCCUUCCUCCAAUAAAGUGAAAGGGAAGAAGAAUCUCAUGAAAAUGUUCAGUUAUCUUACAUUCUUCUUCAUUCAGCAUAAUAUAUUCGGCACGAUUUCUUCAGUACGAUUAGUGAAAGGAGCGCCAUAUUCCUUAUGAAACAAGAAAACCAAAACUUAAACAUUGAGAUAUGACUAGGGACUCCUUAGAGCUCAAUGCAACUUUCAUAGAAAUGAUUUCAUGAAAGUUGCUGAAAUAUGGUUACAACUUGCGUAUUCAGGCUUUUGUUAAUACUUAAUGUUAACAUUUU